ACACGUUGUUGAACACACUUUUAUUGAUUCGAGCCCUAGGUUUAGUGUGUUUCUCUGCGGGGUUGAACUGUAACAAAAGUGCAACGUUUUUACACUUUUAGCACUUUGAUUGAAUUAAAAUCACGUCUUCUGUUCCCAAGAGGAAGUUUACAGGUUUGCCGCCAUGUGGAUCCAGGUGCGCACAAUGGAUGGCAAGGAGACCCAUCGGGUCGACUCUCUGUCCAAGCUCACCAAAGUGGACGAGCUUCGCGUGAAGAUCGCCGAGCUCUUCACCAUCGAACCCCAGAGGCAGCGACUCUUUUACAGGGGCAAACAGAUGGAAGACGGUCACACGCUCUUCGAUUAUAACGUCGGGUUAAACGACAUCGUGCAGCUUCUAGUGCGUCAGGCACCGCUGCCGAAGGACAAAGAGGCCGAGCUGUCCGACUCCGACUCCGGCUGCGGAUCGGCCCAGAGCGAGUCGGAUAAGAGCUCCACACACGGCGAGAGCGACAGCCAGAGCGCUGGGACCUCGGGACAGACCGAUGCGCCGGACCUCAUCCACCCUGGCUUUGGCUUUUACAAGAUAAAUGAGUUUGUGGAUGCUCGAGACCUAAACAUGGGUGCCUGGUUCGAGGCGCAGAUCAUCAAUGUGACAAAAGCAACAAAGUCUUCGGAUGAAGAUGUAGGCACUGAUGGAGAAGAGGAUAUAAUUUAUCACGUCAAAUACGAAGAUUACCCUGAGAAUGGCGUGGUGCAGCUGCGCGGGAAAGAUGUCCGUCCGCGAGCGCGCACCGUCUACCAGUGGCACCAGCUGGAGCCGGGCAUGAUCGUGAUGGUGAACUACAACCCUGAUGAGCCCAAGGAGCGCGGCUACUGGUACGACGCCGAGAUCCAGAGGACGAGGGAGAAGCGCACCCAACGUGAGGUUUACGGCAAGAUCCUGCUCGGAGAUGCUGGUGAUUCUCUCAAUGACUGUCGAAUCAUGUUCGUAACCGAAAUCUACAAGAUCGAGGAGCCGGGAAGUUUGGAGGGUCCAGGGGCCUCUUCUGACAGCCCUCUCAAGAGGUCAAAUGGACCCGAGUGCAAGGUCUGUAAAGACGACCCAAAGAAGAACUGCCGCAUAUGCAACUGUCACGUUUGUGGCGUGAAGCAGGAUCCCGACAAACAGCUGCUGUGCGACGAAUGCGACAUGGCUUUUCACAUGUACUGCCUGAACCCGCCGCUCUCCACCAUCCCAGAAGACGAGGACUGGUAUUGUCCUGAAUGCCGUAACGAUGCCAGCGAAGUUGUUCUAGCAGGAGAGAAGCUGAAGGAAAGCAAGAAGAAGGCCAAGAUGGCGUCGGCGAGCUCGUCCAGUCAGAGGGACUGGGGGAAGGGUAUGGCAUGUGUCGGCCGCACUAAACAGUGCACCAUCGUUCCCUCCAAUCAUUACGGCCCUGUUCCUGGAGUCCCAGUGGGAACGCUGUGGAAAUUCAGAGUACAGGUGAGUGAGUCUGGCAUUCACAGGCCUCACGUCGCUGGGAUUCACGGCAGAAGUAAUGACGGCGCUUACUCACUGGUUCUUGCCGGAGGAUAUGAAGACGAUGUGGACGAUGGUAAGGAGUUCACCUACACGGGCUCCGGGGGUCGUGACCUCUCAGGAAACAAGCGGACGGCCGAGCAGUCCUGCGAUCAGAAGCUCACCAACAUGAACAGGGCUCUUGCUCUGAACUGCAACGCGGCGGUGAACGAGAAAGAAGGAGCUGAGGCCAAAGACUGGAAGGCUGGGAAACCCGUGAGAGUCGUGCGCAGCUCUAAAGGACGCAAACACAGCAAGUUCUGUCCUGAAGACGGCAACCGAUACGACGGCAUUUACAAGGUGGUUAAGUACUGGCCAGAGAAAGGCAAGUCCGGCUUCCUCGUUUGGAGAUAUUUGCUGAAACGCAACGAUGAUGAACCUGCUCCAUGGACCCGCGACGGAAAAGAGCGCGUUAAGAAACUGGGUCUCAGCAUGCAGUAUCCAGAAGGUUAUCUGGAAGCCGUGGCUGCGAAAGAAAAGGAGAAAGAGAACAAAAACGACGAAGACGUUGAGGAAACGCCCACCAAAGGCAAGAGGAAGAGGAAAUCCCAAACCGUGGAUGAAAAGAGCUCUCCGGCCAAAAGCACGCCUAAGAAGAUGAAAGUGGAGGCCUACAAACUGAGCAAAGAGCAGAAGUCCUUGAUCAAAGAGGACGAGCUCAACAAGAAGCUGUGGGAUGAAGCCAUGCAGUCUCUCAACCUCGGACCUCGCUUCAUCAACAAAGUGGAGGAGGUUUUCCUAUGCAUCUGCUGCCAAGAAGUCGUCUUCCAGCCCAUCACCACAGAAUGCCAACACAACGUCUGCAGGGAAUGCCUUCAGCGGUCUUUCAAAGCAGAGGUCUACACCUGUCCGGCUUGCCGACACGAUUUGGGCAAAAACUACCAAAUGACGGUGAACAAAUCUCUCCAAGCCAUUCUCAUCCAGCUCUUCCCCGGAUACAGCAGCGGGCGGUGUUGACACUGAUAUCGGUGGGACAGAAUUCAACGAAUGAAACAUGGAUUUAAUUUUUUUAUAUAUUUAACAAAUACAUCAGGUUUUUUUAAGAUCGAUGGAAACGCCUCUACCUUGAUUGAACACCGCUACUUGAUUUGGCCCUGUUUGGUGAUUUGCCUCUAUCUAGCCACUCGACUUCUAUACGUUGUUGUUGUUAUUUCUUCCGAAUUGUGAUCAUCUUAUUUACGAGUAAAAUUAUUCUAGUCGUGUUUUAGCCAGAGCCACUUCAAUUGACGUAUCAUUGCCUCCUUGUACCCAUCACCAGCACAAUGAACCAUAGCUAUGCACAAUUAAAAUGUACAGUUAAAAAUGAGAUGAUUUAUACGAAAACGCUGGCUUUAGAAUCCCGUUUAAAAUGAUUCCAUUGCUUUAUAAAAGCAUUUUACAUUUUUACUGUUCCAUCAUUACCGCUAACGGAAUUCAACGGACGUCAAUAUCCCAAGUUUUUUUUUUUUUUUUUUGCCAUUUGAUGUUAACAAGCUUUUGAACGAAUGUUAUUUAGGAUGGUGCUGUAGCAGUAGCAUUUUACAAUUGUUAGCAUUAACUACAUUUAAAUGAACUAUCUAUGCACCAUUAUGUUCAAUUUUAUCACAAGCGGUAUUUUGUCAUUACGAUGAUUUAUCCAAAAGCACUGGCUCUAGAAUCCUGUUAAAACGGUCCCAUUGCGUUAUGAUCAGUGCUAUGAUGUUUGAUAUUUGUACCACCGUUUAUGCUAACUAAAUGUAGAUGAAAUUAGCUAUGCACUAUUUUUAUAACUUUUUCACCAUACAUGAUGUUUACAAACUUUUGUGCAAAUGUUAAGCUCUGUAAGUGCCGUAGCAGUUCGUUAGCGUUAACUAAAUUCAAUUGAACUAUCUAUGAGCGGUUACAAUUUUGGCUAAUGUUUUUUUGCAAGCAAUAAUUUGAGAUUAUGAUGCUUUUUUAAUUCUGUUAAAAUGAUCCAGUUGUGCAUGAUCUGUGUAUUUGACGUUUUUACUGUAUCUUCGUUAGUGCUAACAAAGUUUAAACAAACUUUACUGUUUGAUUUUCGCAACACUAAUAUCCCAACAGGUUUUUCCAUCCGUUGUCGUUAACAAGCCUUCAUAUUAACAUCCAUGAGUUUAAGUUGCUGUAACAGUAAUGUUUUUACUGUACCAUUGUUAACUAAAUUUAAAUGAACUAGCUAUGCACUAUGAAGAUGUUUGCAACGUUAAUCUUUCAACUUUUUUUGGCCAGCGGUUUUUUUGUCAUGAUCAUAACAAACCUUUGUGCAAAUGCUAUUAAGAUCCGUGAAUUUAAGGUUUUGUAGCUUUACUGGCGCGCAUUUUUUUUACAAUUUGGUUUUAUUAAAUAUUUUAUCGUACUGUCUUUAUUGGUAGCUAACUAUAUUUAAUCUAGUAAUUGAUUUUAUUGGUAACUAACUAAAUUUUAUUUAAAAAUUUAUUCAUUUGAACCUAUUUGUAAUUUACAUGGUCAAAAAACAAUUAAUGAACUAGCUAUGCACUAUGAAGAUGUUUGCAACGUUAAUUUUUCAACUUUUUUUUUCCAGCAGUUUUUUGUCAUUUAUGAUGUUAAGAAGCUUUUUGUAUUAAAAUACGUGAAUUUAAGGUUUUGUAGCUUUACUAGCGCACAAACCGCUUACAUUUUGACUUUAUUUAAUCUUUUAUCGUACUGUCUUUAUUGGUAACUAACUAAAUUUAAUCUAAAAAUAGAUUUGUUUUAACCUAAUAGUAAUUUCCGUAAAAAGUCAAAAUGUACAUGAACUAGCUAUGCACUAUAAAGCUGUUUGCAACAUUAAUCGUUCUUUUUUGGCCAGCAGUUUUUCGUCAUUCAUGAUGUUAACAAGCCUUUGUAAAAAAUGCUAUCAAAAUCCGUGAAUUUAAGGUGCUGUAGCUUUACUAGCGCACAAAAUUUACAUUUUGGCUUUAUUUAAUCGUUUAUAGAACGGUCUUUAUUGGUAAUUAUCUAAAUUUAAUCCAAAAAUUAUUAAUUUUAACCUAGUAGUAAUUUACGUAAAAACUCAGCGUGCAUUGAAAUAUUUUUUUUUUUCAUCCAUUUUGAUAAGUUUGACUAAAUUUUAAUAACCUCUGAAAUUAAUAGAUAUUAUCCCUGUAUUUUCAGUUUUGUUUAUUUGCUUCGCUGUUUAACUGCUGUAUGUGCUUUAGAAAAGGUGUUUUUUUUUUUUUGUUGUUUUUUCUCACUAACUUCUGCCGUUACGCAAACAGUGGUCAUGCGUAUAAAACCAGCCCGCGAUCUGCAUUUCAGGUGAUGUUUUAAAUCGAUCCCGGAACAGGUUUUAAGCGUUCCUGCUCUGCCUUGACUUGUUGAAGGUUUGAGGUAAAUCCUUGAAGCGUUUUCCGCACAAACUCCAACAGUUUCUCAUUCAGGAAGUAUUUAAUUGCAUUGUCUUUUUCGCCUGUUGACGUUCUUUGCUUUUUGUGAGUUAUAGAAUUUGCUAAAUAAAAUGCCUAAGGCUGCAGAUAAUUACUUAUUUUUGUUUCCUUAGCUAUACCUCAAUUAUUUCUAAUAUUUGAGUAGACUGGAGCUGUAUAUUCUCAAAUUUUAAAUUGUAUAUUUUUAGCACUUGUAUUUUGCGUUUUUAUGUAGUGUUUGGUGCAUAGCUAUUUUCUUGCACUGGGGUGAGUGAUAUAUUUUUCAAUAAACUGCAUUGAACUUUUAUAUAAAGUAAAA